AUGGACUCAUUUGGGUCAGUUGACAAGCUUGAAGGGUCCGACACAAGGGAUAAAGGUGGUCUUGUAUAUCCAAAGGGUGCUUCUGCCACUGACAACAAUUCACAUGUUUUCAAAAAACCACAGAAUUCCAUUUUUGGGCUCGAUAAGCUUGCUGCCAAGAAGCGGAGUGAGUCACAAAACGAACAAUCAACAGUUUCUCUUUACAAGCAGCGAAACUACCGGGAACCGCGAAUCGAAACACCUUCUUACGGAGGUGGUGUUAGUAAGGACUAUCUUGACUCCCAGAUGUACAAGAAAAGUCGCGAGAAAGCUGGACAGUUUAAGUCAGGUUUGGCUUACAAGACCGGUGACCCAUUCAAACACAAAGGAAAAAUAGAACAUCCGCGACACCAAGAUGAUGAUCGUGAUUACCGCCGACAUCAUAGUAGCCGCAGUGAACACUUCACUGGUCGUACUGAGGCAGAGGAGAGUGACCGCAAGCGUCGGGAGCGUGACUGGGAAGCAGAGACUCCGCGGACUGGUUCAUAUCGCUCCAACACUACUUCACGUUACAUUGAGACGCCACGCCAUCUUCGACCAACAGACACACCCGGCUUCACCCCUUCCCGUUCCACUCCUUGGGAGAGGGACAACGAGACAGGAGAGAAGAAGCGCUUUAGGUACGAAUACACGCCUCUGCAGACGCCAUCUUACAUGCAAAAUCCAUGGAUGAAGAGCGGUUUCGGCGGUGGUAGAAACAAACAAACAGCUCCCACACCGGCGAAGGAAAUGCGGACACCCUCACAGACGCCUUUUGUUCCUGUGGAUGAGAAAGAAAUGGAGGCGGAGGCAGAACGUCUGGAUAGGAAUUGGUAUUUGAUGGACAAUGGUUAUGAUGAGGGCAACAAUCCGUUCAUAGACGUUCCUGAUGAUUACGUGGCUAAAAAAGAGCGCCAACUGGCCGAAGCUCGUCGACGCAAGAAGCUACGAAUGUCAGCACGAGCAGUGCAGAUCCAGAAAGAGAAUCAGGCGUGGGAGAUUAACCGCAUGCUGCGCUCCGGUGUAGUUGAGCGUAUUGCUACUGGUGGCACCGGUGGAGAGGGCGACCUUGGCGGUGUGGAUGAAGAUGAGGAAGACUUGGAUGAGGAGGGUGAGGCUCGAGUCCAUCUCUUGGUGAAGAAUAUCAUGCCACCUUUUCUUGAUGGACGUAUCAUCUUUACCAGACAUCCUGAACCUGUUAUGCCUGUGAAGGAUCCGGACGGGAUCAUGACGAAGGUCGCCACAAAGGGGAGUGCUAUGGUGCGCUACUUCCGAGAGCAGAAGGAACGCCGACGUGCACAGAAGAAGGAAUGGGAGCUGGCAGGCACUCGGAUUGGUGAGAUUAUGGGCAUUAAACGCGCAGAAGGCGAGGACGGUGAGAAAGAUGGAGAAUGGAACGAGGCCUCCUACCGGGAGUCGCAGACCUUUGCUGACAAGAUUGGCGGCUAUAAGGAUCAAGCAGUGUCGACUUUUGCUAAGUCGAAAACCAUUAAAGAACAACGUCAAUUCCUUCCAAUAUUUGGAGUUCGGUCGGCUCUGCUACGUCUUAUUAAGGAGCAUCAAAUUGUGGUGAUAGUGGGGGAAACAGGUAGCGGCAAGACAACUCAGUUAACUCAAUAUCUUCACGAGGAUGGUUACACGCAUUAUGGGAUGGUAGGCUGCACCCAGCCCCGUCGUGUCGCUGCCAUGUCAGUGGCAAAGCGUGUUGCUGAUGAGAUGGGCGUCGGUCUGGGCGAGGAGGUUGGCUACGCUAUUCGGUUCGAGGAUUGCACCAACGAAAAGACUGUGAUUAAGUACAUGACCGAUGGUAUUCUCUUGCGUGAAUCUCUUCGCGAGUCCGAUCUCGAUCCUUACUCUGCCAUCAUUAUGGACGAGGCUCAUGAGCGCUCUCUCAACACUGAUGUCCUUUUUGGUCUCCUUAGAGAGAUCGUAAGUCGUCGCAACGAUUUGAAAUUAAUUAUUACCUCGGCCACAAUGGACGCAGACAAAUUCGCCCAGUUCUUUGGCGAUUGUCCCAUCUUUCACAUUCCUGGGCGAACUUUCCCUGUGGACGUUCAAUUCAGCAAGUCACCCGUUAUGGACUAUGUGGACGUGGCAGUGAAGCAGACAAUUCAAGUCCACCUAGGAUCACCAGAAGGAGAUAUUCUCGUCUUCAUGACGGGUCAAGAAGACAUUGAGGUGACAUGCGAAUUGAUUGCCGAGCGUCUGGGAAAUUUGGAGGAGGCUCCGCCCCUUUGUGUGCUCCCCAUUUACUCCCAAUUGCCAAGUGAUCUUCAAGCAAAGAUCUUUCAGAAGACGGAGGACAACACAAGAAAGUGUGUGGUUGCCACAAACAUUGCGGAGACCUCGCUCACAGUGGACGGUAUUCGUUACGUCAUCGACGCGGGCUACUGCAAGCUGAAGGUAUUUAAUCCACGUAUCGGCAUGGAUGCUCUUCAAUUGUUUCCCAUCAGUCAAGCUAAUGCCAACCAGAGAGCUGGUCGUGCUGGUCGAACAGGUCCCGGGGUAGCCUACCGUCUCUACACAAUCGGUCAAUUCGAAGAGGAAAUGCUAGUCUCCUCCGUGCCUGAGAUCCAACGCACCAACCUAGCCAAUGUAGUUCUUCUUCUUAAAUCCCUGGGCGUACGAGAUUUAAUGCGAUUUCACUUCAUGGACCCUCCGCCGCAAGACAACAUUCUCAAUUCCAUGUGCCAGCUGUGGGUGUUCGGGGCGUUGGAUAACACAGGCGGACUCACCCAACUGGGGCGGCAGAUGGUCGAGUUCCCGCUUGAUCCUGCGCUUUCUAAGCUCCUUCUCGUCGCCUGCGAGAUGGGAUGUUCAGAAGAGGCUCUCACCAUCGUGUCGAUGCUUUCAGUGCCGUCUAUUUUCUUCCGACCCAAGGGACGUGAGGAGGAUGCCGAUUUAGCGAGGGAAAAAUUCCAGGUUCCAGAAUCGGACCAUCUCACUUAUCUCAACGUCUUCAUUCGCUGGCGCAAAGCCGGAUACUCCUCAUCCUUCUGUACACGGAAUUUCAUUCACGUGAAGGCGAUGAGAAAGGUGCGCGAGGUGCGCCAGCAGUUGAAGGAGAUUAUGGAGCAACACAAGGUGGCCCUGUGCUCCAGCGGCACCGAUUGGGAUGUUGUUCGCCGUUGUCUUUGCUCUGCUUUCUUCCAUCAGGCGGCCAGGAUUAAGGGGCUUGCGGAGUACGUGAAUCUGCGCACCGGUAUGCCUUGUCGUCUACACCCCACCAGCUCACUCUACGGCAUGGCCUACACACCCGACUACAUAAUUUACCACGAGUUAGUCAUGACCUCCAAGGAGUACAUGCAGUGUGUCACCGCUGUUGAUGGACGUUGGCUGGCAGAAUAUGGCUCUGUCUUCUACAGGUGCGUUCGCUCAUUUAAAUUCGGUGCUCUCCGUUCAUUUGUGAACAAACCACCAUCCCUAAAAGGAGCGAGUAAUUGGAAAUUCGACUGUUACAAACUCCUACGUACUAAGGGAAGCCUGCCAACCGAAAUUGGCGGUGUGGUGCAGUACAUAGGUUACUCAAAGGUUAUCAAUUUUUCUCCUCACAGCGUGAAGGAUCAGAGCCUAAGCAGAGAGGAACGACAGCGUCGAGAGGAUGCAGAACGCGCUGAGAUGGAGGCAGAGAUGAAGGCAGCCGAAGUUCAAUUGGCCCGACACAGGGAGGAACUCGAACGUUCCAUGAGUUCUUCUCGCAUGCAUCCAAUAGCCACACCAGGAUUGAGGAAACCGGGCACUCCAGCAGUCUCAAAACGUCCACGGGGUCGAAUCGGUCUCUGA